AUGGAUGAUGCUGAAGUUCUUAAAAAGAGAGGCUACAUCAUGGGAAUCAAUCUUGGAGAAGGGUCAUAUGCCAAGGUGAAAUCGGCGUACUCGGAUCGGCUGAAAUGCAAUGUUGCGGUCAAGAUCAUUGACAAGAGGAAAGCUCCCCGGGACUUUCUGGAGAGGUUUCUUCCUAGAGAAAUUGAGAUGCUGGCAAGAGUGAAGCACCAGGCCAUCAUCAAGACCUACGAGAUCUUCGAGACCUCUGAAGGCAAAGUCUACAUCGUGACCGAACUCGGCGUACAAGGAGACUUGCUGGAGUUUAUCAAGAGGAGAGGAGCCAUUCCUGAAGAAGUUGCUCGCAAGAUGUUCCACCAGCUAGCUAGUGGUAUCAAGUACUGCCACGAGAUGGAUAUUGUCCACCGAGACUUGAAGUGCGAGAACCUUCUCUUGGACAAAGAGUUCAACAUCAAAUUGACAGACUUUGGUUUUUCCAAACAAGUAACCCGCGACGAUGAUGGUAAGGUGGUCCUCAGCAAAACUUUCUGUGGUUCUGCUGCCUAUGCAGCCCCCGAAGUGCUGCAAGGCAUCCCCUAUCAGCCCAAGGUUUAUGACAUCUGGAGCCUAGGAGUGGUUCUGUUUAUCAUGGUCUGCGGCUCCAUGCCGUACGAUGACUCGAACAUCAAAAAAAUGCUCAAGUUGCAAAAAGAGCACCGGGUGCAUUUCCCCAGGUCAAAAGUGCUGUCGGUUGAAUGCAAAGAUCUCAUUUACCGCAUGCUCCAACCCGAUGUCUCCCGUCGGUUGUGCAUCGAUGAGAUUUUAAUGCACAUUUGGAUGCAGGAACCCAAAUCCAUUUCAGACACCGUGCUCAUGAAAACGGGGGAAUGCUCCUACCAUCAUAAUCAGAUAAAAUCCAUGUUUGGAAAAGAGUCAGGGCCAGAGACCUCGGACAAUGAACAAGUUAUCCAAGAAGAAAGACACGCUGAUCUGGAUCUCCUGUCUGACAAGAUGCAAAGGACUUCUCUCUGA